AUGGAUGUUUCCCGGUUGAUGAUGCAUGCACAACAAAUAGAAGAAGAAAAACUUAAGGAGAAAACUAGGGAUUCAAAGAGGGCAAGAAGGGAUGAUGGUGAAUCUUCACAUUCAAGGUCAGAUAGAGAAAUUCGUUCUCAAGGUAAAGGUGGUAGUGAGCAAAUAUGGCCUGAGUGUAGGGAGUGGAGAAGACAUGAGGGUAAAUGUCUAGCCGGUUCUAAUGUUUGUUUUGGUUGUCAUAAGAUAGAUCAUAAAAUAAGGAAUUGUCCUUCGGUUGCUAGAAAUGAAGGAGAUAGUCCUCGACGGGCUCAACCUUACCCUUCCUCCGAUCCUAUUGGUGGUUGGAAACAAGAUAGGUUUUAUGCUCUUCAAACUCGACAAGAUCAUAAGGGUUCCCGGGAUGCGGUGAUUGGUAAGUUAAGGUUUUUGCUGUAG